AUGCGACCCAACACCGCAGCCCCCCUCCUCGUUCGGGGGCGCGCCGCAUGGACAUGUUCUCGCUGCAAAAAUGUGAAACCCAUACAACUGGAUAGCCCCUACCGAGCGUAUACUUCUUCAACCCGAGGCGCACGGUCUGUACGUGUCAUUCGACCACGCAAAGCCGUUUACUGGGCCGCAGCUGGUGGCUCUCUGGGUGGGAGCCUCCUCUUCUUUGGCGAUGAUGUAAAGCAUGGUUGGCGCGCGGCGGAGAGAACAGGCAGGGUCGUUUCGACUCUGGCUGUCAACAUAAAUGACUAUCGGGUGACAUUGAGACAGGACUUGGACGACCCGGAAGAGGAGACCCGCCUCCUAAAAGCCUGCCACAAGCGCUGUGCCGAUAGAACAUUAAAAGUCCUUGAGAAGAAUGGCUCCAUAUUCAUCAAACUCGGCCAGCACCUCUCAUCAAUGGGUUACCUCCUUCCUACCGAGUGGACCGAGACCUUCAUCCCACUGCAGGACAAAUGUCCAGUUUCAGCGUAUGAGUCGAUAGAAGAUAUGUUCUUGAAGGAUACUGGACACCGGAUAGAGGAAUCUUUCGAAGACUUCUCCCAGGAGCCCAUUGGAGCGGCGAGUUUGGCUCAGGUACAUACGGCCAGGCUCAAAGGUACGGACAAAAAGGUGGCAGUCAAGGUACAACACCCCAGUCUUGAAGAAUGGGUGCCUCUGGACUUGGCCUUGACAAGAUUCACAUUCAGCAUGCUCAAAAGAGCCUUCCCAGACUACGACAUGUCGUGGUUGAGCAGCGAAAUGGAUUUCUCCUUGCCGCAAGAACUGGACUUUUCCCUUGAGGGUGCCAAUGCCUCGCGAGCAAGGGAGUAUUUCUUGAAGAAUGCCAACUUCCCACUAAUUAUUCCCAAGGUCAUUUCAGCAAGUCGAAGAAUUCUCGUCAUGGACUAUGUGACCGGUUCGAGAGUGGACAACCUCGACUACUUCAAGAAGCAUAGUAUUUCUCCGGAUGAGGUUUCGGCGACUCUGGCCAGAAUUUUCAACACCAUGAUUUUUCGAAGAGGCGCGCCUCUCCAUUGCGAUCCACACGGCGGCAACAUCGCAGUGCGCCAUAACCCAAACCGAAGACAUCCUUAUAACUUCGACAUCAUCCUCUACGAUCAUGGUUUAUAUCGAAUGCCCGAUGAGAAACUACGACGGGACUACGCAAGACUCUGGUUGGCGGUGAUUGAUGCAGAUGAGUCUCGGAUGCGCAAGUAUUGUUACGAAGUGGCUGGAAUUACCGACGAGCAGUUUCCCUUGUUCGCCUCGGCGAUCACUGGUCGCGACUAUCGCGUGUUGACCCGGAAGGAAGUGGCGACUUCAGCCAGAGACACGAAGGAGAAGGAAGCCAUCAAUGAGGUCUUCGGCGAAGACCUGAUCCAGCAGCUAGUACAGCUUCUAGGUUCGGUGCCUCGUAUCAUCCUGCUGAUCCUCAAGACGAACGACCUGACGCGCAGUCUGGACGAAUCUCUCGGCUCGACGCAACCCAUGCGACCCAUGAUGAUCCUCGCUCGCUAUGCGAGUUUGACUGUCUGGGAAGAGGAGAAAGAGAACAUUCGCAAGCAAGGGAGUCUGCUGAACCCUCGCAAUUUCUGGCACUUGUUCCAGGCGUGGUUGAGCUUUGUCAGAGUUGAACUAAAGCUUUUCGGUUAUGAGCGAUACCUGUCUGCUCGUAGACAUUUGAGGCUGGACGGUUAA